GAGGACAUCCCGUUGCGCGGCUGGUCUAUGAAGCGUGGGCACCGCAAGCGAGUGGAGGCUGCCAGCUGCCGUAAGGCGAAGAAGUCCGGCAAAGCGGGCGAGCAGUACGAGGUGGGACUGGGGCGCUCCGUCACCAAGCGCAGUGUCCAUUCUGGAGGCCGCCACUCAUGGGACCAGGAGUUGCGCGUCCGUACCCGCCGGUACAAGUUGAGGCAGCAGAUGCACCAGGCAAUCAACGAGAUCUACGAGGCCGCAAUGGAGGCUGAGUGCGCCUUCGAGGACUUGGAGGAAGACUUGGAGGAAGAAGAGAGGAAGCAGAUGAAGGAGAUGGAAGAGAUGGACAAGUGGGCGGCGAAGUGGGAGGACCUCGAGGUGGCCUCUGUGUGCACGUCCACCACGGCGGGUGGCUCCGAGCCCGCCUCCGGUGUCGCCGACUUCGCGGCCUCCGCACGGGCCCCAUCGAGCCCGUCGCGCUCCUCCGUGGCCGACGCAACCGGGACAUUCGGGACAGUCGCGCCCUCGCUUUCACCGUGGCUCGCGGCCCUCCGGCGGGCGGAGCUCCGGGCCCGGGAGUACGCGGACACCAUGCAGCUUGCAGCGCAGCUGGAGAGGGAAGGUCGACGGAGACGCCAGCGCCUGGUGCCUGAGAAGAAGAGCGAGAUCGAGAGGCUGGCAGACGAGCUGAGCAGAUUGUACCAAGUCAGGCUGUGCCACGAUCAGACCGAGCCUCUCACUCCUUUCGAGAAGCUUCGCUGGCAGUUUCUGAAGGACCACGCCCAUGCCAUCUGCCAGCCACUCUCCGGCUGCUACCUCGGCACUGGCAGGCAGUGGCAGUUGAAGCCAACACCUCUCGCUCCCGCCGUGGAGGACCCCGGAGGCGGAAGGGGAGGGAGGGGAGGGGGCGAGGGGCCGAGGGGAGGGCAGAGCCAGCCGACCCCCCUUGCGAAGGACAGGUUCCUCCAGGCCUGCGAUCGUGCUGUUGCGGGCGAGCUGCAGCCGGCGCUUCAUGGAACGAACGAGACGAAUCUCCUGUCCAUCUACUCUCGUGGUCUACUCAUCCCCGGCGAGUCAGGAAUAAAGGUCGUGAAUGGAUCGGUACAUGGCGUGGGAAUCUACACAGCCUACACCCAAAGUGCAGGCCUGUCCUGGAGCUAUUCCCGCGGCUUGUCUAGGCCUGUACUGGUCUGCGGGGUUCUGGACCCAAAGGCACGAAAGGAUGGAGCAGACACUUCGCAGCUGGUGAACUACACAUGCAGUGCGCGUAUCUUCUUUCAGGAGGACAUGGUCUCACCUUUGUUCGAGGCAUGCAUUGGCAGUGGGGAUGCCACCACUGCAAGUGUGCCAAGACCCACCUUUGCGACUUCCAAGAAGCACCGCCUGGAACCGGAACCCGAAAAGAAGCCGAAAGGCCCGGGGCCGCGGACGCGGCUCGUGCGCAGGCGCGUUCCCCGGCGCUCGCCGCAGGCCUUCCUGGCCCGGCACGCGGCGCGCAAGCGGCAGAGUGUGAGCGCACCUCGCGUUGUAAUGUACAGUGUACAGCCUGUGUACAGCUGCCGCUUCCCAUAG